CUCAAGAGCUCGUGGGCAGCUGGUGACUGUGAGCCAGCCUGGGGUGUGUCGCUAUGGCUCUAGGUUGGAUUGCUGUUAUGGCUGGAAAAGGAACAACAAGGGCCACUGCGCAGCUAUCUGUGAACAUGGCUGCAAGUAUGGCGAGUGCACGGGACCAAACAAAUGCAAAUGUUUCCCUGGAUUUGCAGGGAAAACCUGUAAACAAGAUCUGAACGAGUGCGGGCUGAAACCACGUCCCUGUGAACACAGAUGUAUGAAUACACAUGGCAGCUACAAGUGCUAUUGUCUCAACGGGUACAUGCUUAGGCCAGAUGGCACAUGUGCAAGUUCUAGGACAUGUGCCAUGGUGAAUUGCCAAUAUGGAUGUGAAGAAGUCAAAGGGGAGGUACAGUGUCUUUGUCCAUCAGGUGGCCUUCAGUUGGGACCAAACGGAAGGACCUGCAUUGACAUUGAUGAAUGCUCCACUGGCAAAGCUGUCUGCUCUUACAACCGCAGAUGCGUCAACACCUUUGGAAGCUACUACUGCAAGUGCCAGCUUGGUUAUGAACUGAAGUAUGCCAGCAGCCGUUACGACUGUGUAGAUGUAAAUGAAUGUGUGACAAAUACACACAGGUGUAACCUCCAUGCAGAGUGCCUCAACACCAAAGGGUCCUUCAAAUGCAAAUGUAAACAGGGCUACCGAGGAAACGGAUUUGAUUGCGCUGUUAUCCCUGAAAAGUCAGUGAAGGAAAUUCCAAGAAUCACUGGAGCAGCUAAGGACAAAAUUAAGAAACUUCUUGCACAUAAAAACAGCAUGAAAAAGCAUGAAACAAUCAAGAAUGUGAUCCCAGAAGCAGCUGUGACACCAGCUUCUAAGACCCACCUGCAAUUAUUUGACUAUGAAGGUGGUAUUGAUCUUGGUGGGAGCAACGCGGAGGAAGAGAAAGAAACUGAAGCUACUACAGAAGAGGAGGCAGAAGAAUCAGAGGAAGAGGAGAAAGAAGAUUUUGAGAAUCAGAUAGACCAUGAGCAAAGCCUUAGAGGAGAUGUCUUUUCUCCCAAGGUGAAAGAAGCAGUUGCCUUCGGCCCUCUCCUGACCCAGAGGAAAGUUCCAGCGUCAAGACCAGAGCAAGAAGUUGAUUGCAGCUUCGGUCGAGGGGUCUGCGACUGGAAACAAGAUGCUGAUGAUGACUUUGACUGGAAUCCUGCUGAUCGAGAUAGAGGCGAUGGGUACUACAUGGCAGUUCCAGCUUUUGUGGGGCACAAGAAUGAUAUGGGACGCCUAAAACUUCUCCUCACCAACCUCAAACCAAAGAGCAGCUACUGCUUGAUUUUCAGUUACCGGCUUGCUGGAGAGAGAGUGGGGAAACUUCGAGUGUUCCUGGCAAACAAAAAAACUGCUCCUGUCUGGGAGCAGGACAAAGGAAAAGAUGAAAGGUGGAGAACUGGAAAAAUAGAGAUAUUUCAGGGGGCUGAAACAACCAACAGUGUCACUUUUGAGUCAGAGCGUGGGAAGGGCAAAACUGGAGAAAUCGGAGUGGACAAUGUUACACUAAUUUCUGGUCUAUGCACGGAAGAUACCUGAUAAUGGAUAUUGGAGUAUACUGGAUUUAAUCCUAUUUUUAGUAUUUGCCUUACUACUAGUGUAUUUUUGUAUCCUUUUCUUUAUAAAAAACCCAUAAUCAUAA